UAUAUAACAAAUAAUUUGAGAAGCAUGGCCACAAGAAAUACAGCAAAGUAUGGAAGUGAGCUAGCAAGACUAUUAAACGCUCUCGCUGGCUCCUCUGAUAACAUCGUCAACACUCAAGACACUUUGACAGAUAUACUUGACAAGGUUGCAGACUUGCACCCGAAACAGAACAGUAUAGCUCUGUGUCAGUUCUACGAGGACUGUGGACACGAACCUAUAAUCUCUAUUCUACCAGUCUUAUUAAACAACAAAGAAUGCAACAAAGAGUUUUUUAUCGCAACGAUUCGGGCUCUGCGUAAUGUAAACGGUCUAAGAAAGUUGAGGACGGAUCACUGGCAAUCCCUACCUUAUCAAGAAACCAUGUUGUUACUGCUAACAGAAGGGCUCAGGUCUGAUGAUGAGUUGAAACAACUUUACUCUGCUGCUACACUUGCCGGAGUGACGAUGCACUACUCGGAGUUUACAAAGAAUGAUAUUCCUGACCUUCUUAUGAAGAUGUACAGCUCGGACGAUAUCCAGGAGAAAAUACACAUGGCGACAGCUGCGGAUGCUGACUACCUCCACCCUACCACAACGCGCGCCUCAGCAGCUCAUACCAUCAUGAAGUUCUACCAGAGUAAAGUGUUCUACGAGAGGAUAGUGGAGUUAGGGUUUAUCAGAAGAACAAUGGAGAUAGUAGCAAAGUACGAGCAAUACGAAACUGACCUUCUCUUCUGUCUGAUCAGAUAUUUCCUUUUCAGUUGUCUGAUACAUUCCCGACCGGAGAUGAAGACAACGGAAAAGCAGCUGGAAGUGGAUUUCUUCUCGAAGGUUCUUCCUGACAUCAGUGAAAGUUUCGAGUGUAUGAACCCUACGAUGCAAGAAAUUGUUAGGAGCUCAUGUAAAGUUGUCUCCACUCAAGCGCUACAAUACGGGCACAUGUUAACACCGGAAGCGGGAGCUACACAAUGGAUGGAGGAACACGAGGAGGAGGCUUGUGGGCUACUCCGCAAACCUCUAGAUAUCAAGAGAAAGUGUAGUAAAACGGACUGCAAGAAUAUCGAAAACGAAGUUGGAGAAUUCGACAGAUGCAGUGCGUGUAAAGUUACUGUGUACUGUUCACCAACCUGUCAGAAAGAGCACUGGACUGAGAAACACAAGAAACUGUGCAAGAGACUCAGAAAAUGUUAUCAAGUUAAGGUCGUAGAAGAAGUUGACGAUUUGGAUUAAUACAAACUAUAUAGUGAUACGUUUAAAUCUAUAUAUCGAAAUUUAGCGUAGUGUUUAGGUGUUAGAUCAGUUUGUUAUGCAGUAUUUGAAG